UUGUGAAAAUCACGCUGCGUGUUUCAGUCUCGCUGUCACAGACCAGCCGGUGACUCUGAGCACAUUAACAUCUCUUAUCUCCUUUACAUAAGUUCACUUAAAUACUUGGUACAGUUCUAGCCAUGACUUUUUAGAUUUUAAAAUGAUCACUAGUUGACACUCUCGUGCGUUUGUUUGUUUUGGCGUUUUGCAUUAGAGAAGCAAUUUGAAUGCGGACACUUGAGAUGAAACCAAAAGGAUUUUAAAGACUACGUCGGUUGUUUUUUUUAUAAUAAGCACAACGAAUGUUUUUAAGUCAAAACUAAGGGACAACUCUUGUCGACUGUACUCGAGAAGACGGUCCUGUACAUUGACGGUAACGUGACGUGAAUCACUCCGGACUGAAUCAAACUAUAGGUACAUAUGAGAGUGGCAACAAGCAACAAUGUCUAAGAAAACAGACUCCAGGUCUCGAUCCCGGUCGGCAUCCAGAUCCCAUUCGGAUUCUCGUUCACGCUCCAGAUCACAAAGUACCUCUCGGUCCAGAUCCAGGAAGCGCAGAUACGGCUCUAGGUCUCGCUCAAGAUCCCAUUCCCCGCCCCACAACCGGGAGCGCAAUCACACACGGGAGUAUCAGAACCAACGUGAGUUUCGAGGCAACUACAGGGGCUUCCGGAGGCCGUAUUACUUCCGGGGCAGAGGUCAGGGAUAUUUCCGUGGGCGCUUCCAGCGCGGAGGAUGGGGCGGAUAUAAUAACUACAGACCCAAAAACUGGCAAAACUUCAGGCAAAACUAUCCGCAACACCAGCAGCAGCAACAAUACCCCAACAGCCCCAAGAGGGGGCGCUCUCGUUCACGCUCUCCCAAGAAGCAGUUGAGUAGCCCUCAGUCCCGAAGUCAUUCCCGCAGGUCUGACAGGUCAUCCUCGGGGAGGUCACCACAGUCGCAUGCUUCUUCCUGCUCCAACUCUGGGUCUGCCAAGCGCAACAAAGAUGUAAGAGAGAACGUCCCUGCGUCCAAAAAGACUCCGAAUCGAGGAGAGGGAGAUGGCGCUCUGGCGGAGGUGGGGAAGUCAGAUGGAGAUAGGACUUUGGAGAACGGUCAGGAUUUGACAAACAAUGACAUCAGCCCUAAAAGAACCCAAGUUUGUUCCUCUGUCACACUUUGUCAUGGCGACUCUGUGAUGAAUGAGUCAAGUCCUGCUCAUAAGAGUUCAAACGCUUCUACUAACGGUGCCGCCGCCUGGCAGAAUGUUGUAACUGCAACUGCAACUAAGAGUCCCAAAAAGAUAAGCCCUACACAGGGUUUCAAUGGUUUUGGGAUCUUAGGAAAUGUUGACCAAGAUGAUACAAUUGCUAUUUCUGCAGCGUUCUUGAAAUUCCUCGAAGAGCAAAAGCUUAAAAAACAGACCCCUGCGUGGGAGAACAACACAAAUAACGACAAAAGUAAUGAAUUGUUAUUUUGUGAUAAAGGAAACGGAGUCUUUGAAAAGGGGUCUGACGUUAAGUUGUCUCGCACUGUAGAUCCCGACAAUGCAGAAGAGAAGGAGAAAUACAAAAAGAGUUGUGAAGGCGACAUGCCAUCCAUCAGUGGCACUCAAAGGCCGUUUCUGUGUGAGGAAGACGAUGAAGAAAUGGAGAUUUCUAAUAAAAUGAGACAUAUGGAAACAAAUCCUUCCAAAAGCACGAAAGUCACACUGUCGGCUCGUGAGAUGUUCGAGGAGCGUAUCAGGAGGCUGCAGGACAUGGCGUUGGACGAUGAGCUGGAAGCUCUUCUGGUCAGCCAUAAACAAGAGAGAGCGGCAAAUAUCUUAGCUGCUCUGUCUAAGAGAGAGCAGCUGGGUGGGACGUUUAAAGACCCCUCUCAUGAAAGGCUCUCAAAGGUGAAACGAAAGGAGAAAAACACAAUGGAAACCUCUAAAUCUUCACAGAUGUCCAGGAGGAGCUCGGAGAACCGCGAGCAGGAGAUGUUCGUGGUUAUGAGCGAGGAAUCUUCACCAAGAGCGUCAGCGAAAAAAGGAACAGAAUUCAGUGUGAGGAUGGAUGAGCUGGCAAGGUCAUCUGUUUUGAUUAAUGAGAGAAGGAAUAUUUUGGAUUUUCUUCACCUGGAUAAGAAAGAUUGGGAUCUUCACUCUGUUCUUCAGCACCUUCAUGCUCAGCAGUCACUCAGGAGCCCGUCUGAACUGUUCGCCCAACACAUAGUUUCAAUUAUUCAUCACAUCAAAGCUCAUUAUUUUCCUUCCACUGGAAUGACGCUAAACGACAGAUUUGCCAUGUACCAGAGAAGAGCUGCCGAGAAAGAACUCAUGAAGCAGAGAAAGAGUCCAGAGAUACACAGGAUAAUUGAUGUUCCUCCAAGUGCUUUUAAGAAGCACGCACUUCUGUUUGAUGAGAUGAAAAACUCCAUGGAAAACAGCUUCAAGGUUGACGGAAAACAAUAUAAAGGCGAUUCAGUGGACCUUCGCUUGGAUAUUGAACGCAGAAAGAAAUACGUUGCCAAAGAGAGAGGUCACAGGGAGGAUGAGGAUGGAGGAAGAGUAUUGAGGGAAUCUCCAGACACAAGCAAGGAAACAUCCACUCAGAAAGCCGCAAAUAACAACAAAAGUUUAAAGAGAAAAAAGAAGAAACGAGAGCGUUCACAGUCCUCCUCCUCAUCUUCAUCUUCUUCUUCCAUUGACCGCGAGGAAGACGCUGAGAUGAAGGCAGAAAGCUUGGUCAAAGCCCGACUAGGCUUUAGAGAGCCUUUUGAAAGAGGACGUCUUCGAGGAGGCUUCCAGCUUAGAAUACGUGGUAGGAGUUGGAACCGAGGAAAUUUCCAUGGCAACAGUAACGGCAAAGAUGCACAGAUGCACAUGUCAAUGAAGAAUGAAGGCUGGGAUCCAGAAUACACUCCCAAGAGCAAGAAAUACUUUCAGCACAGUGAAAGAGACGUUGAAGGUGAGAGGAAGCUAAUGCAGAUGCAAGGGCGUGGUCGUGGUAACGUUAUGCGUGGAAAGGGCCGUUUCAUCCUCCGGAGGGCCACCAAUACCAACGCCACAAAUAAUACGAGCCCCAAAUGGGCCCACGAUAAAUUUCAACCCACCGACGAUGAGGGUGAACAGCAAGGAGAGGAUGUAAAACAGGACCACAAAAAGUGAGACACCGCCGGGCUCUCGGAUAGAAUGGAGCAGUGAUGUUGGCAGGAUCAUUCGGAACGCUAACAGAACUAUGAGAUCCCUCAUCAAGCUUCAGAAGAUAAUCACUGAUGGAUUGAUCGACCCUCACACUGUCAUCUAUUUACUUCUCGAGGAGACUUUGCUUUUUCAUGUUUCAUUGUGUUCAUCACCUGGUUUUAUUUCUGCAUCUCAGUUUUUUUGAGUACAAGGGAGUGAUUUGUGCCUACUUUUAUUAGUUAGAUGUAGAUUUUCUGUACUUUUUAUACUGUAUGUGCACACAAAUUUGAUAGCUUGACACAAACACUCAUAUUAUGGAUAUCUAACCUAACUUUGACAUACUGCUACAGCUGGGCUUAGCUCACGGGUGUGACACAUUUCCCAGUAUCCAUCAACCACCCCAUCUCUAACCUUCCUAUUCAAUCUCUCAAUCUAUAAUUCAUCUUUUUUGUGACACAUUUGCAACAUGCAAAUUAUGAAUUAUAAUAUAUAUAAAAGAUAGCAUUCAUAUUUUGAGUAACAAAGCAAGUUAGAUGUGCCAUAGUGGCUAAAGUGUAGAAUUCAAGUGGAAAUUGAGUUAUUGACCUGAUAAGAGACAUUAUUGCCUUUUGAAUAAAACUUUGAAUAGAUGUACAUAUUUAUAUUUUUAGAACUUGAGAACUAAAACUCUUUAAGACCCUGUGAACCUUGUGUCUGUUGCAUGCUUUCUAUAAAUGACACAGUCUCGCUAUGGGACCAAACUACUGCAGGUAGACACUUUCGUCCCAGUAAAUGAAGUGAGGGGAAAACAGCUUACAUAUUUGCUUUUAAAAAGUUUAGUCGGUGUAGGUGAAAGAUUUAAAAAGGAAUUAGUUUUUGAAGUUUUAAAGUGAAAUAAAUAUAUCAUGAAGAAAAGGGAAAAAUAAAAGAUAUUCAAUCAUAUUUAACAUUUUUUAUUUGUCUGGGUUCUGAUUUGCACUGUGCAAAAUAUAAGUUUUGCCUUAUAUUUGUAUUCCUGCUUAAAUACUGUACCUAAUAAAAAAAAAUGGGAGGAUUUUACAA